UUACAAUAUUUUCAUGCAAGACAAUGUUUUCGACUUUGUAAUUACAGUAUCUCAAUCAUAAAAGAACCAAUAAACAGUCUAUUAUCAACUUAAGUAACUCUGAUUACUUAUUUAAAAGCUUCUUCAAUCAAAAAAAUCAACUAGUCUUCCAUAAUCAACAUAGAUUUUCAGAACUUAAAAAGUUUCAUCAAGCACUUGAGACUCUCAAAAUCACAUUACCAUCAUUCCCAAGUACUCAUUGGUGGAAAUCAGUCAAUUCCGACCCUGAUUUGAUCGAAGAACGGAAACAAUUAUUAGAUCAAUAUUUCAAAAGUCUCACUUGCUCUAGAGUUGUCAGAGAUUCCUUGAUUUUCAAGAACUUCAUCCUUUCGGCCCAAAAAGAAUCUGAAAAGCGAAUCCUCAAAGUACUCUUCUCAUAAUGAUUAUCAAAAAGGAGUAGAAAGAAAGGGCGAAGAAAACUGAGGGUUUGCCUAAUUAAAACCAAAAGAAACUGAAAUCCACUAAAUUUCAAACCCCUGCCCCGAUUCCAGUCAAUCUUCCUCCCACUCCUGGAGAGUUGAAAGAAAGAUCAUAAUCCCUGGAGCACAAACCUUCGAGUUGUAAAAUUGAGAAGGACAACAACAAAGGGAGCAAACUUUAAUCGCCUGUAACUAAUUACCCUUAAAUAUCAAUAGAUUCUUAAUUUCGGAGGAUCAAAAAUCUUUAGAGGCAUCUUAUCAAACGCUGCUAAAUAAUGA